AUGUGGGUGUCAACAAGCAUAUUGGGGUCACGAGUGGUGAUGGCGCCACAAUCUUCAAUUCCAAGAAUAAGUGAGAGUGGAUUGACGAUCGUGUGUUCUUCGAGGCCGAAAAAGAAGGCAACAUCGCAUCACAUGAAGACGAGACCACGCAAGACGCAACCAUGGGAUAUAAAUCGCAAACCUACCGUCUACUCUCCAUUGCCUCCUCUUCCUCCUGAUUGGACCGUUGUUAUUCCCGCCGAUGAUUCAUCCGUUGCCGUUACUGCUCCACCUUCCUCUCCCUCUACUUAG